AUGGCCUCACAACAAGAUAACCAGGACCUUCACGCUCACGAGUCUCAGUUCAGGGAAAUCUUCUUAGGUCUAUCCAAGGGGCAGGAAGAGUUGAGGGCACUCCUCAUGGGGAAUCUGAUCAGAAAAAGUCCUGAAGAUGACAAGGACGAACAGCUGAAACGUCUACAAGCUGAGGUAGACACAUUGAAAACCCAGAUGCUGGGGCAAAGGGCCCUCAUUCAAGGUUUAGCUCAGGAACAAGGAGAGCUGAGAGCCAUGGUCAGUCAGCUUUCUCAAGGCGUGAAGCAACCAGCCCAAAUCAGGGACCAGGUCAUGGAACAGCUCCCAAGAGGGCAAAGGUCGAGUCCAGUGAAUAGACCUCUCCGAGUUGCUACUACUUCACAGGUUCAACAACGACCUCGCCAGAAACAGCAGAUUGAUCAGAACAGGCCGGACGAGCCUAAGAGACAAUUCACCAAUAUCAACAUGCCAUGGUCACGAGCCUUGCAACACAUGUUAAGGAUGAAUCUGAUUGCGGUGAUCAACCCUCCUGCAAAUCCAAAGACCUCCUCUCCAAGUUACAACCCAGAAGCAAGGUGCGCUUACCAUUCUGGUAGCCCGGGGCACGAUACUGAGGAUUGUUGGGCGCUGAAGUACAAGAUUCAAGGCAUGAUCGAUGCUGGAGAGAUUCAGUUUGAAGUACCCGAGACUCCCAACGUGAUCACUGCUCCCAUGCCAAAACAUGGCUAG